AUGAGCGACGCAGAGAAUGACGCAUCAGGGCCCAGGAAGGGUUCCAAACUACGUCGAGGCCACAAAAAGGUGAAAACUGGGUGCACCGAUUGCAGGAGGCGUCGUGUCAAGUGCACUGAGGAAAAGCCAAAGUGUCGUGCUUGUCAGCGACGUGGGGCUCAAUGUGAAUACACAUCUACCGAAAUACGAUCCCUCUCUGCAGACCCUUCACCAGCCUCUUACCUCGGACAUGCCCCCUCACCUCAGCUUCGACAGUUCUCUCCACUCCCUAAUCUGGCAUCCAUCCUGAGAGAGCAGCCAAAUGAUUCAGCAUUAGUGGAAUUCGGAAUCAGAGACAUGGCACUUCUUCACCAUUGGACCAUCUCCACCAGCCAUGACAUAUACAAAAACUCAGGCUUGUCGGUCACAUUCCAACUUACAUUCCCCCAAAUCGCAUUCAAACAUCCAUUUGUAAUGCGGCUUCUGCUCGGACUUGCCGCUCUCCACAUCGCAUAUCUCCAACCAGAGGACAGAUUGAGGCACCUAGGAGAGGCAUCUCGUUAUCACAACCAAAGCCUACAGGGCUUCAACGAUACGCUAAAACAGCCCCGGGAAGAAGUAUCCGAUGCAUUAUUUGCGUGGUCAUCACUCAACGUGCUCUAUGUAUUCGGUAUUCAUGGUCGCCUUGGUCAAGGGCUUUGGGACGAUUCAGAGAGCGUCAGCCGCAAAGACCGUAUACUGGGCUUGAGCUGGGUUCCGAUGCUGCGUGGUGUUCAGACCAUGCUAGAGCCGUGUUUCUUUGCCCUGAGAGACGGGCCUUUGAAGGAACUCUUGAUGAUUGGCAACUUUGAAGAACUGGAUCUUGACCAGCACUUACAUCCUGACGAUCAGUAUUUCUGUCGGGCGAGAGAAGUAUGGAAGAAUCACCCCGAUGCGCAGACAUACGAGGACACUUUACAAGUCCUCAGGAGGUGUCACAUGUUUAUGGAGCAGUUCUCUUCAAUGGAGACUGAAUCGCCGAGCGAAUCCAUUUUCGACAGAACGUGGCAAGGUGCCUUUUUGCUUGAGCCAUUUGCCCCCGAGGCUUACUUCACCCUGCUACAUCAGCGCCAGCCACCGGCCUUGAUAUUGUAUUCGUUCUACGGCGCACUGUUGCAUAAAUUUACAAACGACUCCUGGUUUCUCGAAGGAUGGGGUCACGAUAUAGUUGACGUGUAA